AGGCCGCAGCCAUCUCUGGAGAUUUGCGGAGCUACCCUGAGAAGGCCGCCGCGUUGCAGCUGAUGGCUGCUGCUUGGGCUCAGCUGACUCGGCGGCGUGUGUGUGUGUGUUCUUGUAGACCUGCGGAGGGCUCCGCAGAGAUGGCCAGGGGUGGAUCGAUGUUGGGCUUGUGAAAAGGGGGUGGAUCGUUGGCGGAGAAAGGCUGAUUGGCGGAGAAAUCGCAUCUGGGAGAUUCUGGGAGAUGCAGUCAGAUCGCACCUGGUGUGGGGCCGGUGUGUGUCUUUUCUCAGGUCAUGCUGGACGUGAGAUGUGUUGGUUUGCAAGUGGUUCAAGCGAGAAGUCUGGAUGAAGAAGUCAUCCACCUCCAUCCCCAGAUAAGGAUGGCUUGACCCAAAGGCACAGCCAGCUUCCCCUUUGCCAAUUUUGACAAGGGCCUUGCUGCAAAGGCAAUAUUGCAACAUUGCUGUAUAUUUUGUACUCAUGUGGGCAAGACAUGUACACAUGACUUUGCAAGCAGCGCAUGACCAAGUUCCAACCUGUUCCAAUCCUGCACAUGACGGGGUUUGCAUCCAUAGAUUCUUCAACAUCUUCAACACCCACGACUCGGCUGAGCUGCUGAAGAUACAGAGACUGAAGCGACUAAACACCCGUGACUCAACCGAGAGAAACGGACAACGCCGUCUCCACGUCGCUUUCACCGCGCCCCGGCGGCGGCGCCGCGUCGAUGGCCUACCGAGGACUGCCAGAUGCGGAACCAUUCGUUGUCGGAGGCCCGAGAGGCUGCCUUGCAGGCGCGGCAGCUCUAUCGUGAUUUGCUGGACCGUGAUCAGGAGGUCUUGGCGCUCUUGCAGGCGUCGCAGUGCUCGGCCUUGUCCGGUGACACGGACUUGGCCAUGCAGACGGCCUCCGAGGCGAAGGAGUUGGCCAAGCGAGCUGCCCGCAGGUGUGCCGAAGGCAUUUGUUGGCACACGCUGGCCAGCCUGCACCUGGAUUGGGGGCGCUUGGCCGACGCCUCCAAAAUGGCCAAGAAGGCCCUCACCUGUGCGAAGCGAUGCCAUGAACACAAGGAGCAGGCACGAAGCCUUUUGCUUUUUAUUGUGAUCAAUUUGAUGAUCAGCAAGGAGUACGAGGCGGACGCGGACGCGGAGGCGGAGGCCACCUCCGAGGCCGGCGAGCACUUCCGGCGUGUGGAGGAGAAGAUGGAGGAGCUGCGACUUCUCGCUCAGAGGGCCUCCGAGCCUUUUUGCACUGCUUGCAGCUCUCACGCAGUGGCCGCUGUUCAGCUUCAUCGAGGGAGCUACGACGAGGCUUUGAGGACAGCUCAGACUGCAAUGACUGCGUAUGAAGAGUCCGCAGACCUCAUUGGGGUUCUGCACAUGUAUCUCCUCAUGGGCAAGGCGCACCUCACUCGAAGGUCCUUCCGGGAGGCCAGGGACGCCACAGAGGCUGCCUGUUGGUUUGGCGAGCAGCUGGGCUUCAGGAGCAUCGAGGAGAACGCGAGGACCAUCUUGCAAGAGAUCCAGGCGCGUGAGGCGGAGCUGCCGGAGCCGCAGCUGCGACGGGCUCGGGUUCCAGAGAUGCCAAACGUGCCCAAGCUGGACGUGCAGGCCCUGGAUGUGGAAGUACUGCGAGAUGUGGUGCAGCUCUUCGUCAAGGUCCUCAUUGGCUCAGACGACCCCAUCGACCCGGAGAGACCUUUGAUGGAGAUGGGCCUCACCAGUCAUUUGGCGGUCGUCCUCCGGGACCAUUUGGCGAAGGUGCUGCCUGGGCUCUCUCCUCCGCUGCCAGUCACUCUGAUCUACGACUACCCCUCCAUCACCUCCAUCACCCAACUGGUGACCACUUCAGCAGAGGUCUUCAUGCAGGUCUAAGGUUCCUGAACAGGCCGGCCGGUGGUUCCGUGGUUGGAGAAUCUCCGCAGGCGUCCCGUGUGCCUGAGGGUGUCGCUUGAGUCCAUUGCAAUUGGCCAACAAAACACAAUCCCGACACUCCGUAGUAGAUUUACCUACAUUACGGGGUGGUUUGAGGGGUCAAUGUAGGCAUGUCUGGGA